AUGACCACUCCGCGCUCUACAGCUCCCGCGACGCCCGUCCUCACCGUCACACGGAUGCUGCGUUCGCCCUCACACGAGAGCGUGACCACAGAUUUGUCCCUGUUUUCAGUCUCCUCUGCCACCGGCAGCGAAGUCGUGCCCGGAGCCAGACACCGCCUCACAGGAGGACUCAGGCCUACAGAGCACCGGGGAUCCAGCCCUAAUCCGGACAAUCAUAGACACUCUGGCAGACCUGCCGACAUUCCAGAAGUGAUGUGGUUCGAAGAGGGAAAUGAUCUCAUCCGCAGCUGUGCUGCCCUCUCCUCCGCAUUGGGCAUGCAGAAGUCCUUCAGCACGAGCGACAUCGCCCAGCUGCCACUCCCAGAAUCUCACACGAACCAUCUUCGGCACACUUAUGCCGUGUCCGAACUGGCGCUCAACUCCCUUCAGCGCUGUGGUUACAUUCUAGACCACCCUCGUCUGGAACACACAUCCCGCUCCUGUUCCACGUGGGUGGCUGUCGGCGAGCUGGCGUCCACGUCUCAACUGCCGUCGCCCCAUGGUGGUCACGCCAAUACGCUUCCCUCACUCGCAGCCAACACGCCGCCGCCACCUGCCUUUACGGCCGCCGAUCUCAUUCGCUCCGUGAACAAGAAAGUGCGCCAGAACUACAUCCGUCGCCGCCUGCUCACCACCUAUCGCGCCCUGGAGCGUCUCUCGCAGAGUGAAUUCAACCUGGACCGCCUCGAGGCUGUAGCCGCCGCGGCCACCGUGUCCGCCGGCCCUGGACCCACGGAGCUCAUCGUGCCACCGCUCCGCCAGCCCAUCUGUCCCACGGUCACCAUCGCAGACGAUGAGAACCAAACGGUGAACCAACUAGCGUGUCCACAGCUGAAACGCAAGAUCCAGAUCAAUCUCAAUCGCAACAUCACCAUGUACGAUAUCGAGCGAGACCGCGGCAAGCCGCUGUCCAAGUACGAACGCAACAUGAUGAUUUUUAACUGGCUGCACUCCCUGGACGAGACUGCCGGGGACGACGAAGUGCCCCAGCAGUGACCGCAGUCGCCUCGAUUAAUCGC